AUGCACGUUGGAGCCCGCAUUGCUGCAUCUCACUUUCACAACUUCAGGCUCGCCGCUUUAUCCUUUAAUUCCACACAGACCGUCACAUGGUACCUGUUCUCUGCAUGGUGGUUUAGCGAGGUCUAUAAAUGGUCUUCAUCAGCGGAUGCCAAAUUAAACUGGGUGAUACCCGGAAAAUCAUAUGAGCGGUCACACCUUAACGAACGACCGAUAUACCUUCACUGCUUUUUCAUCUUGCUGGCACUCGUCCAGUCGUCACUCCAUCUCUACUUUGACUGGGAUGAAGUUCCUAUUCCAGUCACAAAACGAACCCAGCUAACCACCAGCCGGAGAACACAUCGACUUGCUCCACUUCCAACACAGUUCAGCAAAAUCGCCCCAGAAAUACUACGGGAGUCGGCCAUUAUCGGCUGUAUUACCGCGGCCGUUGGCCCAAUAGUCUACAUGUUCCUAUUUCGACGGACCGCCUGGAGCUGGACACUCUACUUUGCAAAGCUGUUCUGGAACUUCCCCCGAUCAGCAGCUGAUCCCCCAGGCCUUAUACCACCUAUUCACAUAUCAAUUUUGAUUCGAUCUGCGACGUCGGGGUCUCUGCUCGUUAUGUUAUGGCAAAUAUCCAAUUUCCUUUUCUCGGCGUUCUUAGGACAAGCACCGCUGAAGAAGGGCCAGCCCCUUACAAACGGUGCAGCUGACCCUAAUGGGAGCCUUAUUAACGGGCUCAAAUCGAAGAAGGAGACGGUCAUGACGUUCGCCUUCUGGGAGCUUUGCCUGAUUAGCCAAGAAUUCCCGGACCGACGAAAGCAAAUAUUCAAGGAUAUUGAUAGAAACGGAGGCUCGGCUUGGAACCAGAUAUUAAAGGCAUCAGAAGAAGUCAUCAAAGGCAUCACAGGGAGAAUACAAGAAUUCCAAAACCCCCAGCCACAAGCCACCGUUGCUCCAGUAGGCCAAAAGGAACCUCAACCCAACACUCAAGAGAUGGUGCAAACCCUACCUCGAAUCACCCAACCAUCUAGAAACGAAAAUAUUCUUCUUGGCUCGCCCAAGCCUGGCACUAGGACAGAAAAGUUCGAGGCCGCUUUUGGUCCUCUUGCUAAAUCCUACGGCCAAUCCCAGGACUGGACGCCUGCAGCGAAAGCCAGAGCUCGCUCUGCUAUUGACCGUGCAUCCAACGUUCUGUUAAACCCCGAGCAAAAGCGCACAAUAUCGAAUUCAGCACAAGAGCUGAAACUGUUAACGAGCGGGCCUGAGACUGGCGGUGUUAUAAACCCAAUAAUACAACAAGUUAUGCGGUCUCCACUGGGACUACCGUUCAGACAAUCAUUUCCCAAUCGUCUCCGAGGCAUCGUGUUGGGCUCACCACACUCCAAACUCGCUGCUAUCAUCGACGCCACCGAGUCUCUCAAAAGCCUCCUCAUAGCAAGUUUAGAGGAAGAUCAAUUCGGAAGAGUCCAGGCUGACGUGCCCACUGUGGUUAAACUGUUCACCCAAACAAUCACGACACUGGAGUCAUUUACUAGCAAGGAUGGAUUGAAGCCACAUUGGAGUGAUGUCGAUGUAGCAAACCAGGAACAUCGAUCGGUAGAACAGGUUGAAAUUGUGAUUACUGCGCUUAAAACCGGGUUAUCGGAGCUCUUGGGGGCGUUCAGCUUAUAUUUGAAUGAGGUUGGUGUCGUGGGGCGGGAUUUACAGCUGGCGAGAGAAGCGGUUAGGACGAAAGAUGUAUGA